AUGGAUGCUUCGAUACAUACAUCCACGCGGGAGAUAGUGCAGUCAGAAUCUGUCAAGGAUACGACACCUCGGGAAUAUGAUGCUUCGACCUCUGACGUACCCGAUGGAGGCCUUGUUGCAUGGCUCCAAGUUGCCGGCUCAUUCAGCCUGUUCUUCAAUAGCUGGCAAGUACCUUCAUCGAACCCGUUGCUGAUGCUAAUCCCUCAAUUCUAUAGGGGGAUUGUCAAUACGUUCGGUGCCUUCCAGACAUACUACGAAGUGGGUCUCCUCAGCAACAUCUCCCCAUCCGCAAUUUCCUGGAUCGGAUCGCUACAGGGCUUUCUUCUUCUUCUGUUUGGGGUGCUUACGGGUCCCGUCUUUGACAUGGGAUAUUUGCACACUCUCCUUGCCAUUGGAACGUUCUUAAUCGUCUUCGGCUUGAUGAUGACGAGUUUGUCGACCCAGUACUACCAAGUCCUCCUGGCACAGGGCGUUUGUAUGGGCCUUGGGUCUGGUUGUAUUUUUGUACCAAGCGUUGCGAUUGUUGCCACCUAUUUCAAUCGCAAACGAUCCUAUGCAAUCGGUAUCGCGGCAAGUGGUAGCAGUAUAGGCGCAGUCGUGUACACUGCGGUCUUCCACCAAUUGCAGCCGAGGAUUGGGUUCGGCUGGGCAACGAGAGUCAUGGGCUUUCUCGCUCUCGGCACCCUCUCGAUUUGCUUCGCCAUCAUGAGAAUUCGCGUUCAGCCUCGCCAACGACGGCAGCUCCUGGAACUUAGUGCGUUCAAGGAACCCCCAUACGCACUCUUCACCGCCGGCCUCUUCCUCGCUUUCGCUGGCCUCUAUAUUCCCUUCUUCUACAUUAGCUCAUAUGCGGGCGGAAAGACCGGUGCUAACAGCGAGCUCGCAUUCUACUUCGUCUCCAUCCUCAAUGCCUCUUCCGUGAUCGGACGACUCAUACCCAAUUUCUACGCGGACAAAAUCGGCCCGCUCAACAUGCUCCUACCAUGCAUUGUCAUCUGUUCCAUCUUGGCGUUUUGCUGGAUCCCGAUUCACAAUGUCGGCGGGCUCGCCGCGUUCGCCGUGCUUUAUGGAUUCUUCUCAGGGAGUAUUGUAUCCCUUCCCCCAUCCAUCAUCCCUACGCUUUCGCCAGAUCUCAACAGGGUAGGGACACGAAUGGGCAUGGUGUUCGCCUUCGCUGGACUUGGGUUGCUCAUCGGCACGCCGAUAGCCGGAGCGCUCCUGAAUGUCCACGACCACUACUAUGUCAAGGCGCAGAUCUUUUGCGGAGCGGUUGUAUCAGGUUCCGUAGUCUUGAUGACUCUUGCGAGAACGCACAAGGUCGGGACCGCUCUCAGAGUGAAGGCUUAG